AUGAAGGAUGACACGUUUUGCGUCAUGGUGUCGAUCAUGGUCGGCGUUGUCGGCAUAUUUGCCUAUUUUGGCUUCGAUAUUAUGGUUUUUCUGGCGGAGACCAUUAUGCAUUCCGUGAAGGACAGAUGCCCGGAUUGUAUUAUCGAUUUUGCCGGUUAUUACGCCCAAUGCCUCCUUUACGCUUGCUUCACCGUGGCCAAUCUCGUGGCGCCAGUCUUCCUGGCCCGUUUUGGAAGCAAGAAAACGAUCCUCGCCGCAAUUUGUUGUUUCACAAUAUAUUCAUCGAAUUUUCUGUUGAUCAGAAAUUAUAUAUUCUUUCCAUGCUCGGCCAUUGCGGGUAUAGGGGCUGCAUUGUUUUACUGUGGUACUGGUGCUUAUGCAGCCAAGCAUUCGACGGAAGCAACCUUGGCUCGAACUCAAGCUCUAUCUUUUAUGCUCAUGAUGAGUAGUAUGCUGGUCAGCGGGAAUUACAUGAUAGUAUCUUCUGCGCUUACGAAAGAUUCUGGAAAGCGGAAUUCUUCGCAUAACGAGAACGAUGCCUCUUACCGUGAAUUUUCUGAUGCCGAAAUUAAUACCUUAAAAAUUGGCAUGAUGGCAUCGUCGGUACUGGCUAUAAUUUUAUGCCUAUUAUUGCCAAGCCGUCGAAUUAAAGGAUCACUAUAUGUCAAAGCAACUAAUAUCACGAUAAGAGCUCAAUUAGGUCUCGUCUACAAGGCCCUGAAAAACCCGGGGCUCACCAAGCUUAUCCCGCACUAUAUUUUCUGUGGUGCUUUCACGUGCUUUAUGAAUUCCAUCUAUACCACGUCCGUGUCUUUCACGCAUAUAUUUGCCCAUGAAGACAAUUUGGUGGCUUUUGUAUGUAUGAGCAUGUCGGUGGGCGAGUUGUUAAUCGGCGUCGCGAUGGGGCUAAUCAGUCGGCGGAUCAAGGGUUUUGGCCUGAUGCCAGCUAUGAUCAUGACGCUGGUAUGGUUUACGAUUGGAUUUCAAUACGUUGACUCCUCACAGUACUGCUACGUAUUCACCAGCCAACUUUACGGAAACCCGAAAAAUCAGUCCAAUUUCUGGUUUCAAUGGAAAGACGUAACAUGGAUGAUGGGUGGUCAAAAGUAUAUGCGCUAUGGGUGUGCGACUACACGGACCACCUACUCUGGCUGGUUGAUGUGUGUGGUCGGUCCCGAAGAAUGCAACCCGGACGUGGGGUAUGAUAGCCAACUGACGCUGGAACCAAAUUCGGACGACGCAGCCAAGUUGACGACCAUUCUGUACCAGAACCGGACCGUGCUACCGGUGUACGUCAGUCUGCCCACAUUCACGUGCCGUCGUUUUACGGCAAUUCGUCCUUACCCCUUUUACGAAACCCCGGAAACAGGGAUCACCGGGCUCGGCUGGGCCGGCCAUUGCCAAACAGUAAUCUAUCUUAUGGACAUGGGGAUGACAGGCAAGUUCACGAACAUGCGCAUCGAACAAGCCGCCGGCACCUAUAUGGGCGGACAUGACUUUAUCAAUAAUUGGUCGAACAUGGUGAAGCCAAAAUAUUUCGGUUCCAUCGUGACGUGGCAAUGGCAAAAGCACUACCGUGAAAUGGCUUAUACGUGCCGUGGCGACCAAUGCAACGAAAUGAUCACCCCGGAUAUGUACCCACAACCAACCAUUGAAUGUGCGCUUGGGUCUGGACAAACCGCCUACGACAAGAAAUACAACUCGUUGUGCGUAGGCCAGCUUUGUUUCAUCAGCUUCUCACAGAGCUGGACCAACGAGUACAAUUUUCGCCAGCAAAUUGCGCAAAGCUACGCGGUCGCCGAACGGGGAUGUUUUAUGCAGAACACGAUUCGAGGAGAGGGACGCGUGGAGGUCGGCCAAGUCGCUUGGAUGUACGCCAAUCAACCGUGGGUGACGAUAUUCUGUGAUGAGCCGGCGUGCAACCGGGACCUCACCACAGUCUGGGCGUCGGUGGACCGACACAAGAACCCGCUUCCGCCAUUUACGCCGUACUACAGCUUUGAACACAACGAUACACCGCCAUAUGGCCGGGCCCACGAUACCGACCCGAAUUUGACAUUCCUUGACUUUGGUGUGUCAUUUUUGAAACGACGUGCCGUGGAGCCGGCAGCAUCUGCAAAAACUGCUUUCCGCCCGUUUUUGGGGUGGUCGUUCGUCGGC